CUCAUUCUCAUUCUUGAAUCUCAAAUAUUAACUUUCAAUACGUGAUGCUCAAUAUUUACCGAUAAUUAAAAAUAUUAUUAACGCAAAAAAAAAAAAAAAAAAAAAAAAGGGAGGGAGGUUGAAACAAAAGAUAGAAGUUUACACAAAAUUCGCAACUCACCAUCACCAGUCUCUCUCCUCUCAUCUCCUCUGGACUCUCCACCGAAAUUGGCCACGAUUGUCAUUCAACUCUUGUUUCCUACUACGUGGAACUCAUCUGUUGGAAAAUAACCCAACAUUUUUAUUGCACUGAUUUGAUUCCCGUUUUUUUUUCCUUAGAUGAACUGGAGAGUUGUGGAGAGCUACAAUCAGAUAUUUGACAGUCAAUUAUUGUCCUGUUUAUGUAAUUAUUUUCAUGAUUUUGGGGAUUUUGUGACCAUAUAUGAUGAUAGGUUUGUGAGGGGGUAAGUGGAUGGAAGAAUUGGACAUAGGUGUUGGAUAGGUUACACAUUUGCCUGAUGUACAAACAAAUUCUCGGUGUAUUUGGGAUUUUAAUGAAGUUGAGACUGAUUUGGGUGUUAUAGGUAAGAAAAUAGGAAGCAUGAAUAUUGAGGAGUUUAUUAAAAAUGAUUGGAACCCUGAAAUCCAUCAGGCUGCUGGUGUAGAGGGAAGAAAUAAUGGUUCAUCGAUUAGGUCGUUACAAGGUCAGGGAAGCCUAUGUUUGUCGAGGACUGUUAGUGAGAAGAUUGUUGAUGAGGUGUGGAGAGAGAUACAACAAGAGGAUAGGAUCAAAGGCGUUAGUCAGGGAGUAAAGAGAGAGCCUUCAAUGGGUGAAAUGACUUUAGAAGCUUUCUUGGCUAAAGCGGAAGCCAUGGAUGUAACUGCUUUAAGUCCUGUGAUGCCUAUGCCUUUAGAUAUGGAUGAUACUACACAAUGUUACUCACAGCAAAUGGGUUUAUCCCCAGCUCCUUCAAUUGACACAAUAUCUGAUACACCAAUUAAAGGGCCGGGAAGGAUUUCCUCAAAUCCAAUGGAGAGGGGCAUUGAAAAGAGGCUGAAGAGGAAAAUUAAAAACAGGGAAUCUGCUGCUCGUUCUCGUGCCAGAAAACAGGCUUACCAUAAUGAGUUGGUCAGCAAGGUUUCACUGCUUGAGGAGAAAAACAUGAGGCUUAAGAAAGAGAAGGAACUGGAGAGCCGUUUGUCUGUUGAAGUGUCUAAUGAACCAAGGUAUCAGCUAAGGAGAACCAGCUCAGCCGUUUUUUAAUGAGUCUGUAAAGAUUUUGUAGGUUAGGCCUCUGGCGCUUUCAGUUUAGUUUAUGUAUUGUUAAUGUUGCAAUCACUUGUCCCCAUGAAAUCACUCCCUAGUCUUGUUAGACAAUCUUGCUUCUUGAUUAAAUUAUAACUUAUCUUUCUGUAUAAUUAUGAAUUUUUAUAUUUUGAAUAAAAAAAAAUUUAUAGUAAUGUGAUAUUUUGUUAUAAUCU